AUGUCAAUCUCUGGAUGCCUGCGCACGUGUGUCAUCUACACCUACGAGUUUUUCCCAAAGGUAGUCGGGAGCUUCCGUCUGCCGGUCAGUCUGUCCCUCUGCGGUAUGGCCGCGGCGGCUGAAGAGCCGGAGGAGCGCGGCCGGAGCGGCGGAGCGCUGGCGGCGCUAACAGGUGACGGAGAACCGGAGGAGGCCGAGGAGUUCACCUGCCCGGCCCUCCGCGACGAGGUCUCCCGGCGGCAGAACGAGCAGAGGAAGGCGGGGCAGUUCUGCGACGUGAGCCUGGUGUUCACCCUCGGGGGAGCGGAGAGGGUCUUACCCGCCCACCGCUGCGUCCUGGCGGGCGCGUCGCCGUACUUCGCGGUGCUGCUGGGCGGACAGUUCUCCGAGUCCCGGUCCGGGAGGGUGGAGCUGAGGGAGUGGAGCUCCCCGUCCGGACCCCAGCCGGACUCCGUGGAGCGAGUCAUCCAGUUCAUGUACACCGGAGAGGUCCGGCUAAGCACCGACAACGUGCACGAUGUGCUGGAACUGGCCGACAGGUUCUUGCUGGAGCAGCUGAAGACCAUCUGUGCAGAGUUCCUGAUGAAGAAGCUGUGCCUGUUGAACUGUUUGGCCGUGGUCUGCCUCGCCCACAUGUACACCUUGGACCGGCUGGCUCAGGGAGCCGCAGAGAUGAUCCGGAGAAACCUCCACAAGGUCAUCCGCAAUGAGGAGUUCUGCUUGCUGCCGUUCUGCCUGGUGCGUAGCUUCCUGAGACACUCUGAAAUCAUAGUGAACUCUGACCAGGAGCUGUUUGAGGCCAUCGUGAGGUGGGUUUACCACGACCACGAACGGGAGGAGCACUUCGAGGAGUUGUUCGGGCUGUUGAGGCUGCUGCAGAUCACUCCCACAUACCUCACACGAGUGGUGAGGAAGGAGCCGCUGGUUGCAAACAGUGCGGUGUGCCGGCGGCUGGUGUCCGAAACGCUGGAGGCUCACGCCCUACGCUACGAGAGCCUCAAGCCGUCGAAGCUCGGCGGCUCCCACACGGCGGCGGCCCAGCCACGGCUCGGCCAGAACAUGGACGUCAUCCUGGUGGUGGGCGGCGUUUCAAAAGGGGGCGCGUGUGUGAGCGAGUGCCUGGGCUAUUUUGUUGCUGAGGACCGUUGGGUCUUCCUGCCGCACAUUCACUACGUCUUCACCGGACAUGCCGUCGCGGUCACGGAAGACCACGUUUACGUGGCGGACGGCUCGAGGGCCGAGCGUUACAACCCCAGUCUGAACAGCUGGGAGCCGGUCAGCAACUUCAAGGACUACAAGUGCUCUUUGGGUCUCACGAGUGUCAAAGGCAUACUCUACGAGAUUGGCGGCUACAACAACUCCAGCCCAGGCUUGAAGGAUGUCAGCGUGUACAAACCGAAGCAGAACGUGUGUCUCAAUCUCGAGCCGGCACCCAAGGUCCUCCGUGACGUGAGAACACUCUCUGUGGAGGAUCGGUACAUUUAUUUGAUGGCCAGGACCCUUGUGGGCGUCGACGGCGGCGAUGGACUGACCACCGUGACCAUGUGCUACGAUACGGAGAGCGGCAAGUGGCAGGAAGUUGAGUCCCUCCCGCUCCUCGAUAACUACUCUAUUUUUCAAAUGGCUGUCGCUUCCACCAACUUCUACCACACGGCGUCCUGCUGCCCCAAGAAUUACAAGGUCACACUGGAGGCGGCUCAAGAGAAACUAAACAGAAACUUCUCGAGCGACAUCCUGGACAGCCUCCCGUCCGACGUCCUCAGGUUGGAAGGCGCGGCCAUUUGCUCGCUGGGCGAGGACAUCUACGUCAUCGGCGGGUGGAGGUACGGCGACGGCAACAACGCGGACAAGCAGUACAGCAGGGAGGCCUACUGCUACUGCGCAGAGAGGAAGCACUGGACACUGCUGCCCCCGCUACCGCAGUCCCGCUGCCGAGCCACCGCCUGCCACGUCCGCAUCCCGUACCAGUACCUGCACGGCUUCCAGCGCUUCGAGAAGCCGCACCAGCCUCCCCUCUUAAGCACCAGGCGUAGGUGGCAGAUAAUGUAG